CGCACGCACACACAGACGUCCCGGUCGCCUCUUCUCUCCGGGCGCUGUCUGGAAAGCCAGCCCUUCCCUUCCUCCCUGGGGCGCUCGGGCUCAGCAAGCUCAGAGCGCAGCCCAGAGCCAACCCAGAAGGUCUGAAAACAGCCGGUGCACAAGCCUUCUUUCUCCGCUGCCUGCUCGGGCUGGGGCGCCCCAUCCCCCGCCUCAAACCCCAAUCUCUCCCACCCCACCCCCCUGGGCUUCACACGGACUGAGCCGGUAGCUGGGUGCGCCCCCGUUUGGAAUCCACGUUUCAGCACUUCGGACAGCGCCCGCGUCCCGGCCUCUUUGGGUUGGCCAUGGCGAGCGUUCAGCAAGGUGAGAAGCAGCUUUUUGAGAAGUUCUGGCGAGGAACCUUCAGAGCGGUGGCCACCCCGCGUCCCGAGAGCAUCAUUGUCGCCAGUAUCACGGCCCGCAAGCCUCUGCCAAGGGCAGAGCCCCAGAGCAGCCCCACAGCGCCAGCUCAAGAUGGACCCUCGGAAAAGCUGGGUCAGCGUCUGGCUACCGAGACCUCGGGCACCAACAGCUGGGAGAGAGACAAGGCCUGCCGGGAGCUCAGUCCUGCCAGAGCACGCAGCGCCUCUCGUGACAAAGACUUGACACCACCGCCUUCCUCCAGGGGGAAGAAGAAAAAGAAGAAAUCCACUCGGAAGAAGAGAAGGAGGUCCCCAUCAUAUAGCCCAUCGCCUGUCAAGAAAAAGAAGAAGAAAAGUUCCAAGAAACAUAAACGGCACAGGUCGUUCUCCAAGAAGAGAAGGCACAGCUCCUCUAGCCCAAAAAGCAAAAGAAAGGAAGAGAGGAGGCACAAAAAACAGUCCCGAAGCCGGCCCCGAAAGUCUCGCCGCCAGCGCCAUCACCGCUGCCACUCACGGUGCCAGAGCUCGGAGUCCCGCCCCUCGAGCUGUGAGAGCAGGCACCGCGGCCGGUCCCCCAAGGGAGGGCGGAAGUCCCGCCGGAGGCGCUCCCACCGCUGCUCCAGGACCCUCUACAAGGCCAGCCCUGAGGCCCGGUGCAGCCGCCCGCCCAGCCAGCCCCUCCAGAUGCUCAGCCUCCUGUCGGCCAGGGGUGUAAUCACUGGGUCGGGGUCUGCUGCUGACCUCUUUACCAAAACAGCCAGCCCGCUGCCCACCUCCCGAGGACGCUCCCAGGAGUAUGAUUCGGGCAACGACACAUCCUCGCCGCCCUCCACGCAAACCAGCUUGGCCAGGUCGCGGGGCCAGGAGAAGGGGAGUCCCGGCGGGGGCCUCGGCAAGAGCCGGGAGCUCAACAGCGGGAACACCUCCGAUUCAGGGAACUCCUUCACCACCUCCUCGCCCCGGAACAAGGGGGGCACUCUGGAGAAUCUCUCCCCCUCCACCAGGAGCAGGGAGUCAAGAGGAUUUCAGUCACCGUGCCUGGAAUGCUCCGAGGUGAAGAAGUCCAGUUUGGUCCCGUCCACAGCCCGGAGCUCCUCCAUGAGAGGGUGCUCCCGCAGCUCCUCCUAUGCCAGCACCCACUCCUCCAGCCACUCCUCCCGAUCCCCAAACCCCAGGUAUACCCGGAGCCGAUCCAUCUCCUCUGGGAAAAGGUCCUACUCCCGCUCUCCCAGCUAUUCCUCCAAGUCGGGCAAGCGAAGCCCACCGAGUAGAAGCUCUCGAUCCCGCCGCAGCCCGAGCUACUCGCGCUAUAGCCCCAGCAGGGAGCGGGACCCCAAGUACGGCGAGAAGGACUCCCAGCAGCGGGAGCGCGAACGAGCGCGUCGGAGGCGGCGGUCCUACUCGCCCAUGCGCAAGCGCCGGAGAGACUCCCCCAGCCACCUGGAGGCCCGGAGGAUCACCAGCGCCAGGAAACGCCCCAUCCCCUACUAUCGGCCCAGCCCCUCCUCGUCCAGCAGCCUCAGCAGCGCCUCCUCCUGGGACGACAGCAGCAGCAGCCGCUCUGCCAGCCGCAGCUACUCCCGGAGCCGGAGCCGGAGCCGGACCCGCAGUCACAGCAGCUCCAGCUCCCGCAGCCCCAGCCUGGGCUCCCGGAGCCGGAGCCGGAGCUCCAGCUCUGCAGACAGCUACUCCAGCACGAGGUGCUAGGCAAGGGCCCUCCCUGGAGCCGGCUGCCCACGGGGGGCCCUUUCACCCCUCCAGCCUCCCCCACUACCUGCCCGCCCUGCCUUCUCCAUGGUGACAGACAUUGAGGGCUCCGGGACCCUGUUCUUCCUGUCCUUCUGAGGAGAAGAAAAAGCAAACGGGGGCUCCACCCUCUAGGUCGAGCUGCUAGGAGCCUCCACCAGCACCCUCCUGGGGCUCAGCUCAGGCCUGGGCAUAUAUAUGGAGAGAACCAUCCUCUUUGGGCACCAAACACCUGAAGGUUUUGUAAGAACCCAUUGUUAGCCCAGUGGGUUCAGAGCUUAAAAGUUUGGGCCUGGCCAGGAAAACAUACAGAUCCGUUCUGCCCACCCACCGCUCAUAGAUUACGUAUUGGAGGCCAGUGGUAGUUCACGCCCAGCUGCCCUCCUUCUCCCCUCAUUCGAUCCCGUGGCUGCACAUUUUAUGGACCCCAAAGUAGGGAAAAGAGGACACCAAGGGCAAUUCAGGUCCAGAAGAGGGGGUCAGGGCUUUCCCCUUCCCAACCGUGCCAGAGCAAAGGCUGGGAGACUCAUGGGUCCUGGAAGAGGGGUCCCAUAUGAGAAGCGGGCAUGGACAUUUGAGUUAGCAGUAGAUGCCAGGAGACAGAAGAUGGGUUCCCCAGAGGCCCUUGGUCAUGAGCAUAGAAGCAAAAAAGAAGGGAUCAGGCUGCAGCUCCCAGAAUCUCGGUGCGGUCAGGGGAAGGGGCCCAGCAGGUUCUAGCAAUGGAGUGGCUCCCAGAUGGUUGGCACAGAAUGCCUCUUGGCUGCUCGUGGGGACGCUGCAACCCCACAGAGAAAAGGAGACAGUGAAGCAGUCGGGACAGCUUGGUCUACAGCCCCAGUUCCAAAUUCACCUCAGCCCCAUUCGCUGGCACCAGCUUAAUUCCACGGGACCAUCUGCUGAGCAUUCCCCCAGUGCCGUGGCGAGCUGCCAGUCCCCAGCGCCAGCCAGUCUGGCUUUACCCUCUGGUUGGCGCCUGCCCACCCUCUCUCCCCACUGCCCAGACUGCCACACCCUGGCUUCUACCUAAAGCAGCUGGGCACCCACCCACCCACCCACCUUUCAGCCUAAGCCAGCCCCCUUGCCUCUCAGGAACGGUGCCAGGUUGGGGAGCAGCAGCUCAGGUUUGGGGGUGAAGGCCCAAAUCCAGAGAGUCUGGGGGAGAGGGACCUGGAGGUCUUGGGUUCCUGCUGCCUUCUGGGAUUUCUUGUCAGUGUAGAGGAGCUCCACCUUCAUUUCUGCCCUCACCCCACCUCUCCCCUAUCUAGGGCAGUAAAGGAUAAUUUGAUCUUUGACACACAAAUACCACCAGCUGCUUCAUCCACAGGAGGUGCUGACGACAGGGCAGGCAAGGGAGAAAAUCCUUAAAAUAAACCCUUGGGCAUCCCCCUCGCCAGCUGACUGGGCAUUCCAGAGCCUCGUGGGUGAGUUUCAGAUUUGUGGUGGCAACAGCAGGAGGACAGAGUGUGGAGGGAGAAAGCGGGGGCCAACCAUCCUUCAUCCCUCCUACCCCAGGAAAAACAUUUAGAAAACCCCCUCUUUCUUGGAAGCAGUGACCCACCCUCCCCAAUCUUUCCCACCACAUCAGCCAGUGGGAUCAGAAACUGCUGUGCAACCACCCAGAAAGUCCUUCUGCCAUCGGGAGAGGAGCAAGGUGGCAGGACCUAGCCUUCUCAUGAUGUCCUCUGGCCCAGAUCAAGGCCCCACCCCUGAGACUAACCGAUGCCAAUGCUGUCACCACAGAAGGACAAUGUCAGGUGCCUGGGCCAGGGGCAGAUGCCCCGGGAGGGCAUGUACAGCGACUGUAAAUAACCCUCCUCCCCACCCAGGGCCCAAGCCUGGACACCGACCUGCUCCACAGAGAUAACGGCUUCCCAGUGCCACGGAGCUCCUUGGCAGGACAGCAGGGAGAGACACGCGGGCUUUCCAUUUGCAGGGUCGGCACCCAACUGCCUUCAUCCAAACUCUAGGGGACCCUUUCGCCUGGGGCUUCUAGCAAAUGUUCUAUUUAUUUUAUUUAUUGAUGUUUGUUUGUUUAUGUGAUUUCUCUCUCUCAUCUGAGACUUGCCGUUAGCAGUAUUUAAUUGAUUAUUUAUUUAUAGGGAGGGUUUUGUGUGUGUGUGUGUGUGUGUGUGUGUGUGUGUGUGUGUGUGUGUGUCUUUGGGAGGGAGGACUUCUAAAUUAUUUUGGUGCAUCUCUCUUUUUCUCACAUUCCCUGUGGAUAGGUUUUGAGAGGCCAGACAUGGGCAGGGGUGUUGGCCUUUGGCCUGAAGUUGAAACCCGCAUAGCUCUAAGCCUGGAACAUUCCUAGAAUUUGCCCCAGAGUAUAUCAGGCUCAAGAUUCAGUGAGGUUCAGGCCUCUGCCAUUGCCCCUUGCCCUCCAGCUCCCUCACUGAGUCAUCAGAAGGAUGAAAACGGGCAAGAGGCUUAGGAGGGAAGGCCCUGUGUUGGCACAGUGCAGUCAAAGCUUAAUGGUAGGAGUUGAGAGUCGUAAGUUAGCACAUCAGGCAAAAACUGUACAGAGUUGAAAUCAUUUGUGGAAGUCCCUUAAGGAGGCACCAGACUGGACACAGAUGUGCUCUCUCUUGACAAACUGAUAAGGCUUUGGCUGAGUCCUCAUUGAAAGAGUUGCCCUGUGUUUGGGGGGUCGUGGUGGUUGAGAAUGGCCUGUGGUUUAACCCUGGUGUGGCCGCUGGGGUGGCGAGGUGCGCAGUGAGUCUAGGGAGGGAUGGCACAGACUGCAGCAAGGGAAGGUGCACACUUUGAUCUCACCCUUACUCCUGGGCUGCAGUAGUGGGGAUGUCACUCGCUCUAUUAAAAUUCUCUUUCUCUGCCUUUCUGAGCUCACCUGGUUGGUUUCAUGUUAGUUCAGCAUGAACGGACUCCACCGUACCCAGUUUCUCCCCAACCCCUGAGAUUCAGAGGCUGCCCUCUUUGGUCUGUAGUAGACACCUGCUGCCAUGUGAAGGUAUUGUCCUUCCUGGGGAAGAUCCAUGUACCCAAAACAACAGCCUUUGCUGUAUCCUCUUGCUGUUUCAACUGGGAAGAGCACAAAUCCAAUUCUGAAAUUAGAAAAAAAAAAAAAACAAGAUGGAAGGAGCAGCCAAGAUGUUCUCCCUAAGAAGGUCAUUUUGGAGCCCAUCCUGGGAACCAGGGGCCUUCAAGAGUUCCUUCACCAGUAUCUCCUGGCUGCUAACCAGAGAAGGCUCCCACCCUUUUCGAAGUCACCCUGCACUCUGCCUUGUCUGCUUGCCUGAGCCAGCCUUGGGUUUGGAGAGAGUUUUGAAGCAUGCCCCAGUCACAUCCCUCGGGCAGUGUGACUUUACCCUGCCCUCACCCAAGCAAGGGCGUGCCCUGACCCUGUGCGCAAGAAGGCUGCUUAACAUGCCUCUUGGGGGAAAUCUUCCCUCUCACUUUGUAUUUCUCCAACUUCUUUUAUACUUCCUUUUUUUUUUUCAUUCAAAAAUGAAACUCCAUUGGGACAUUGGAAAUCUUCAUUAACCAGAACCCUCUAUCCCUGGUGUGACUAUCCCCACGCCCACUUCACUCUCAUUGCCUUCCACUUCCAGGGAAUGAGACAGAUCAUCUGAAACCAGCUCAUGGUGAGGAUGUAUCAUAAAAAGCAACAUCCAAAAUGAGAGAGGCCACAGCUGAGGUCAGCAACUUGCAACCCCAGCCCUUCAACCCUCCCACUGUGGAUACAUGUGCUAAAGUGGACGAACUUGGGCAAAUUGUCCCCUUUCUCUGCACCAAAGUUUCCACCUCUGCAAAGUGGAAGAGUUUUUUGAGAAAUAAUCCCAAUCUUUGACCUUAGGCGUGGGAGAUUCUCCAGAGAUUCUGGGAGCUUCACUGAGGCUCAAGCAUCUUUGGGAGAGUCUCAGUCAGGAGAGUAAAAAACUAAAAGCAAGACUUGAAUCCUUUUCCGCUAGCUAGGAAAAACUAACCAACCCAAAGCUCCCAUCCAGGGGCUUUCUAGUUCCUUGAGCUUUGACUGCACGUCUGUUUCUGUUUGGGCUUUGAAGGGAAGUUGAUCUUCCAAUAGCAAAAGAAAAUUAAGAUGUUUGAGAGAUACAACAGUCUCAGUGUCAGGGAGCCCCCAUCAUUUCCUCAGACCCAUCUGCUUUUCCCAAAGAUUCUGAUCAAAGGGGCCAAAAUUUGGGGUGCUCCCAAAGGUGCACACAGGAAAUCGUUUUCCUUCUCAUCCAAAUCCCUUCUUUUCCUCUGCUGUAUUCUUUUCACCUCUUGUUUUCCCCAAAUAUUCCAAAUCAUGUGCAUGUGUCUCACCUUGCUUUCCUCUCUAGCUGAAUAGGAAUUUUUGUCUGAUAGAAAACCUCCAGGAUUCUCUAAACCCCUCCCCGAUUGGCCAACUGAAUCCAGUUGAGGAGCUUGUGCCAUCAAGCAAUGCUUUAUCGCAACCUCUUCCUUCUCACUUAAUGAGCCAAUGAUGCUGACGCAGUCACCGUCUCCCCUCCAUCUGUGACUGCUUUUGUUUGGUUUAUUGUUGUUGUUUCACAUUGUAAAUAACAUGAUGGGGGUACCUCAUCAGGACAUGGCUUAUUUAAUAAUUUAUUUCCUAUUUAUUGAAUGGUAUUGGGAAAAGAGAGGAGCCACCUCUUCCCCAGGUCUGGGUGUGCCUGCCUGCAGCGGGGGGAAUUAGCACCCAGGUAACGCAUGCUAGAAGCACCCAGCAAAUCGCAACUGGCAGAAACAGAGGCUUGAGUCAUACAAAUUGAGCUCAAAUGGAACUAAAACACUGGUUAUCUCCAGGAAAACCUCAUUUAGAUGGAAAUUAAUUGAGGAAUAAAAUGCCUACGCACGAACCAACUUCUAUUAAAAAGUCACAACUCCCUGUGGAAAAAAAGAAAGAAAAUUAUAAUACUUUUUCUCUAGCCAAGAGAAACUAUGCCUCAUCUUCUAACGAGCUGAGGUUAAGAGACAAGAACAGCUGUCCCUGUGCUUGUCUUGCGUGUGUCUCUGGGUCUGGAUGCAAGGCAGUGGGCCUCAGUCUUAAACUGUCUGUAAAAAUGGGCCUUGGCCUAAGAGGUCUUGGCAAGGUGGUGGCAGCGGGUUCUGACGCUGACACUGUGGCCUCCGUGCUGUUGGAUGUCUAGUUCUUUGGGUUUUCUGCUGACCAUACUUUGCAGGAUGUCUCUCAAGGAGGGAAAGGGCAGAGUGUGUAGUUUGGCUGCAAGGUGAGGUUGAAGUAGCUGAGUCCUGCAGUCACCACCUUGAUGACUCUUGUGGCCUGGGUUAAAACCCUCCAUAUUUAACUUAACCUUUUCUCCAAACCCAGUGGUCCAGAGUCAUCGAAGGAGAGACAGGUGGCUUUGCCCUGCCCUGGGUUUAACCACAGUUUAUUGUGUCCAGCCACAUUUUGUGCAACCGUUCCAACAACCUGGUGACAUAAGUCAGACGGCCAUUUUUCAGAUGAGAAAACCGAGGCCCGGGAAGGGGGCAUGGAUGGGCCCGAGCUCCCAUAGCACGUGAGUGGCGGAGACAGGACAUCAACUCAGAUCUGCCCGCCUCCAUAUCCCAUGCCCCUUCGGUCACUACUUUUCUCGCGGCACCUCUGCCACAAGGACUUUUUUCCGUGCCGAAUCUCUUCUCUCUAGCUCUUAGCUAUUUCGUCAGGUGGUAACUGCCCAAGGACUUAGCAGAAUCCACCGUGUCCACCCAGGAGACUUGGUGCUCCACCUCGGGGGGCUGGGAUUCCCGUCUGGAACCCCUCCAACUGGGAGAGCCACUCCCAGCCCAGCUCGGCCCGACCAGCCAGCCUCUUUCCAGAACAUCCCCAUCCCAUUCUGGGACAGCCAAGUCAGGGGGAGAAAAGCUGCUGUGUCCUGGGACGGACCCGGCCCUCUGCGUGGUGACACAGCAGCUGCGACGUGUUUGAUUUCUGGUUUCCAUGGCUCAGUGUAACACUCCCGGGGUCGCCAGCUUUUCAGCCUGUACGAAACAUGUCUCUGUUCUAAUAAAAGGUCCCACGGU